AUGCAGAAUCUUGUCAACUCUACACCACCUGAAUAUGACAACUUGUAUUUAGAUAUGAAUGGAAUCAUUCACACGUGCUCUCAGGAGAUCACGGGCUCAGGAGUAUUGUCCUUCUCCGAGGAAGACCUGAUAAGAAAGGUCUGCAAUUAUGUCGACAAACUGUUUCACAUCAUCAGACCAACCAAGUUAUUCUACAUGGCCAUCGAUGGCGUUGCACCAAGAUCAAAGUUAAAUCAACAGAGACAAAGAAGAUUCUUGUCAGUCUUUCUGGAAAACAAGGCAAAGGAACAGAUGGUGAAGGAUGGAAAGGAGGUGCCAGAGGUCAUCUUCUCAAGAGCAGCCAUCACUCCGGGCACGGACUUUAUGUACAACCUCAGUGAGAGUCUGCAGUUCUUCAUCAAGAAGAAGAUAUCUGAGGAUCUCAGUUGGCGCGAGGUCGAGAUCAUCUUCUCGGGACCCGAGAACCCUGGCGAGGGUGAGCACAAGAUCAUCGACUACAUUAGAAAGAACAAGGCAUCACCUGAUUGGGACCCUAAUCAAUCCCAUUGUAUCUAUGGUCUGGAUGCAGACUUGAUCUUGCUGGCGUUGGUAACACAUGAGCCACACUUUAGUAUCCUGAGAGAGGAGGUGUCGUUCAAGCCGACAAAGAGAAAGUUGGACUUCCAGAUGCUGCACGUGUCAUUGCUGCGCGAGUACUUGGACUUGGAGAUGAGGAAUGACGCGUUGGAGUUUGGCUACGACCUGGAGUGCAUCAUCGACGACUUUAUUAUGAUCAUGAUCAUCUUUGGCAAUGACUUUGUGCCUCAUCUGCCCUUCUGCGAGAUAUCAAACAACGGCCUCAACCACGUGAUGCAGAUCUACAAGGACCUGCUGCCGGACCUGGGCGGCUACCUGACGGACAGCGCGCAGAUCGACUUGGAUCGCCUUCAGCUCUUCCUCAACAAGAUCGCCGUGUAUGAGCAGAAGCAGCAGAACCUGAGCGGCGACGACGACGACGACGUGGACGACUUGUCCAGCGACGAAGACUCGGCCAGCCUCGAGUCUGAGCGUCAAGCCAUCGACAACAUCAAGCAGCACUUUUCCGACAUGGACUUUGCCGACGAGGAGAAGGAGGACGACGCGCAGCAGGCAUGGAAGAACGCCUACUACCGCCAGUACUUUGACGAUUUCCCCGAGAACUUUGACGAGAUGGCCGAGUUCAAGCACGGCCUCCUUCAGUCCUAUCUCGAGGGCCUGCUCUGGGUGCUCAACUACUACCACCACGGCUGCAUCUCGUGGCGCUGGUUCUACCCAUACUACUUUGCGCCACUGGCCUGCGACUUUACCGACCUGUCGUCGUUCGAGUUCAACUUUGAGCCAGGCACGCCCGUCACCCCCUACCAGCAGCUGAUGAGCGUGCUGCCCCCGCAGAGCGCCUACCUGCUGCCCGCGGCCUACCGCCCUCUGAUGGUCGACGAGAACUCACCGAUCGCCGACUUUUAUCCAAAGACGUUCGAGGUGGACACCAGGGACAGCCAUUACUUUGAUGGUAUUGCCAUGAUUGGCUUCCCCGACCUUCAGCGCCUGCUGGACGCCACCGCCAACGAGGACACCUACGAGCUGACGCCCAAGGAGCGCAUGCGUAACACGCUGCGCCAGGCGUGGAUCAUCUACCACGAUGCCGAGCUCGAGGAGGACGUCGAGUCGCCCAACAGAAAGCUGUUUGACGACUUGAUCAGGUCGUCAGCCAACAUGGAAGAGGUGGUUCUGCCCGAGCUCAACGAGCACAGUCUCAAGCCAUUCAGAUUGUGUGACGGUGUACUGUGCGGACCCAACUCGCCCAGCGGGUUCCCAACAUUCGGCUCGAUUGACUUUGACUGGGAGUACAUGCACGGUCACACCAACGUGUGGGGCUCGGUCAGCAGACGCGAGUCCAUCGUCAUCCACCCGCCCUUGCCCGUCGAGUCGUCACUCAUCGCGCUCAAGAGCCUGAUUGGCAAGAAGUGCUACGUUAACUGGCCCUACCACAUUGAGGCCAAGAUCAUUGGUUUCUCCGAUUGCAACCAGCACAUCACAGCGGACAACACCAUCGAGUACAUGGCCGUGCAGAAGAUCUCCUACAUGGAGGACAUCAAGAAGAUCCCAAUGGACUACCUGCGCUCGGGUAUGAACGUGCGCGACCUGAUCCAGUCGACCGUGCUAGUGCACGUGGUGCGCCUGGUCGGUGUCGACGCAGAGGUCGGAGGCCGCAAGGUCAAGCGCUACAACGACAAGAUUGAGCACUUCCCCCUGCAGCUGAUGGUCGCCUACGACAAGGUCAAGGCCGACUCGCGUUAUGAGGAGAGUGAGGAGCUGCCCUUUGAGAAGCGUUUCCCCAUUGGCAAGCAGGUGAUCUACAUCAACCAGGACAACUUUGGAGCGAUCGGAACCGUGCUGCAUCACUACGAUCAGAUGCUGGAGCUGGAGCUCAAGGUGUCCAGUCUGGACAUGGAGUUUGGCCAUCAGUGUGCCAGCCGCGAGGUCGAGGACUACUACACGCUGCAGGUCGUCGCCAAGGAGCUGGGUCUGACCACUGUCCAAAUCUCGCUGUUGACCGGCGCGCUCUUUGUCGACAAGCCCACCGCCGACAUUGGUCUCAACAUGAAGUACACGGGCCGACAGCAGCAGUUGAUGGGAUACUGUCGUGGCACCACAAUGAACGACAAGAACGGCAACUCAUUCAAGCGAUGGGAGUACAGCUCCAAGGCGAUCGAGUUGAUCAAGAGCUACUUGGAGAAGUUCCCAAUCAUACAUGAUAUCCUCGAUCUGCACUCAACCGACUCGAGCAAGAAGAAUGUGGACUACUCGUCACUGAUCCCCGACAAGGCUGAGCGUGCAGCGUUCAUCGCCGAGAUCGAGGAGUUCAUGAGGGAGACCAAGAUACGCCAGCAGCGACUGGUGCCGUGCGACACACAGAGUCUGAAGCAAGAGACUGUGACCAGGAUCGAGAAGCACUAUCUCGAGCAGUCCAAGAAGGAGAAGAUCACCGUGGUGGCCAAGGCCGCUCCAGAGUUUGUGAUCGAGCCAGCCUCUUACGAGUCGAUCAUCUCGUUGGAGCGCCACGCCACCUCCAAGGCCAUGCAGCAACAGCAACAGCAACAACAGCAGCGCAACAACAACAACAGCAAUGCGGUCAACAGUCCCUUGCUCAUGUCGAACCACAACCACGCCAAGCAACUGGCCAACUUCCAGAUGGCCGAGAAGCCCAAGAUAUUCAACAUGGGUGAUCGCGUCGUCACGAUGCUCGACAAGGGCAACAUACCAUUUGGCCUGUACGGUACCGUGGUCUCGGUGCAGGACCAAAAGGUGGACGUCAUCCUCGACCAGGAGUGCUUCAGUGGCACCAAUCUCGAUGGCACCUGCUCAGAGAAGCGUGGCAUUUGCAUCUCCAAGACCAGACUGUUCAACCUGUCCAAGCCCACUGCCAACGUCAACUACCGCGCGCGUCGCACCAAGGAGCCAAGAGUGGACUCAUACGAGCAUUGGAAGAAGGUCCAGCUGGAGCAGAACAACAAUGGCAGAGGUGCGCAUCUCUCUGUGCAGCAGCAACAGCAACAACAGCAGCAUAAUAGGGAGGACAAGAUGCCCCCCAACUUGACCUGGCAGCAACAGGAGGAGUUCUACAGACAACAACAGAGGAAGAACUACUACCAGCGCCAAGAGCAGUACACAAAGAACUUCAACAAGGAUGAGUUGGUCGUCUAUGGCCAGAAGUACCCAAGCGUUCACACCACCCACAACAACUAUCACGCUCAUCAACAAGUACAACAGCAGCAGCAACAACAACAGCAGCUACACCAACAGCAGCCAAGACAAAACAACAACAAGGCUACUGCCCCACCACCUGGCCUAUCCAAGCAACAGGCACCUGCCAACAACAACAGGCCAAACAAGGAGAGGAAGGAGAAGAAGCCUAGAUCAGAGGUCAAGCAGACUGAAGGUGCCUCGCAGCUUUUGCAGCAAAUGUUUGAGAGCUCCCCGCUUCCAAAUCCCCCUGCAUCACCUCCAAUCGCCAGCUUCUUCAACAAGCCACCCCAACCAGCCGCAGCGGCAGAGGAGAGCAAGCCGGUCGAGCAGCCCCCACCCCUCAUGCAGAUGAUCCAAGCAUCACUGCAAAGCGCGCAACACCAGCCCCAGCCACAGCCGCCCCAGCAUCCAGCUAUGUUUAUGCAUGCUCCACCUCCUCACCCAAUGUACUUUCCAGUGCCAGUACCACCAGUGAUGGCACCAAUGUUCCCACAUCUUCCAAACCAUGGAUAUCCACCUGCUCCCGGUGGACCACAUCCAGGUGCAGCAGCCGCAGGAUCAGCGCCCCAAAAGAACAAGCCCAAUAAGCCACAAGGCAAAGGUGCUCCACAGCAGCAUCCAAGACAACCAAACAUGCCACAACAACAACCUAGACAACCAGGAAAUGUUCAUACUCUCAAUGACAACAGACCAAAGAAGCAACAUGUUCCCCAACAACCAGGCAACAACAACAAAGAGAAGUAUGUUAAGAAGCCAAAGCCAGUUGGAGUAGCAGGAGCAGCCCCAGCCGAGCAGAAGGACCAGUUGAACUGGCAACAGAAGCUUCCACAAGCACAGCCACAGGUACAGCCACAAGAACAACAACAACAUGAUCAACAACAAUAA